AUGACCACCGGACUUCCAACACUUUUACCUCCCAAGGCCAUUCCUCGUCCUCCGUUUGCACCACAUUUAGAAUGGACCCCGCGCAAAUAUCUCUCGGAACCACAACCUCCACCACAAGAUGAGGGGAAAAUACAAGAGCAGGAGCUGGCCAAUGCACGACAGAUAAUGGACGGAAAGGUCAUCAAGAAGACCCGACCUCGGCGGACGGUCGAUUAUAACGGUGGAAUGGGUCGCUGGGCUUUGUUGAGGAAAUUGCGACCAAAUCCCACAUAUGCACCACACAUCAGACCAAGUCCACCGUUUAUCGUUGACUUACUCCCACCAAAAGCAUACCCGGAGAAUGCAUCCACUUCGCUAUGCACUAAGUUUGUGCACACGUCGACAAACAAGAUUCGAUGUCCAGUUAAUGUCGUCACGUGGACACCAGAAGGCCGACGCAUUCUCACUGGGUCGACAAGCGGCGAAUUUACGCUUUGGAAUGGCCUAACGUUCAACUUUGAAACAAUUCUACAAGCACACGAUACUGCAAUCUGUACAAUGGCCUUCACCCACUCCGGUGCAUACCUUGCCUCCGCAGACAAAAGUGGAAUCAUUAAAUACUUUGAGCCGAACAUGAACAACUUGACGGCAUGGCAAGGUUCAUCCUCACGAGAAGCUAUCAGAGGGUUAAGCUUCAGCCCGGACGACCGUCGAUUUGCAACAGCUAGUGACGAUUCUAGUGUGCGGAUAUGGUCUUUUGCUGAAAGUAGAGUGGAGAGUGUCCUCACUGGCCACGGAUGGGACGUGAAAUGUGUUGAAUGGCAUCCGACCAAAGGGCUACUGGUUUCUGGAAGUAAAGACAACCAAAUCAAAUUCUGGGAUCCACGAACCGGGACCGUUCUUUCAACAUUGCACCAACACAAGAACACGAUACAAGCCUUGUCCUGGUCUCCUAAUGGAAAUCUUGUCGCAAGUGCAUCACGCGAUCAGACAGUCCGCAUCUUUGACAUCCGUGCAAUGAAAGAAUUCCGCAUUCUCAAAGGGCACAAAAAAGAGGUCUGCUCUGUAACAUGGCACCCCGUCCACCCCUUGCUCGUCUCCGGUGGCUCAGAAGGCGCCGUACUUCACUGGGAUCUUUCCACUCCCGACCCAGCCUCAUUCGCACAACCUGUCUCAACACCACGCGCUACCCUCUCUCAAGCUCACGACUCCAACGUAUGGUCGCUCGCCUAUCACCCGUUGGGCCACCUCCUUGUAAGCGCUUCAAACGACCACACCACGCGGUUCUGGUCCAGGGAACGACCUGGGGACGCAUCAUCUGUGUUCUCUGGGGGCGGAGAAAAGCCACCAGAGAUCAUUGAUACUAGCGGGCAGGACGAAGAAGACGAUGCAAUGGUUCCAGGGUUUAGCUAUGGCGCUGGUGGUGCAGGGCCGUCAUGGUGGGGCAAGGACGAGGAAUCCACGCCAGGCUUUGGCGGUGGUCAGGCGACUGAUGCGUUUGGUCGUCGACCUGCUGGCUAUGGGGAUACCAAUGGGGAUGAUUUCAUUCCUGGCUUUGGAGCGGCUGAGCGACAAGCCGCUCCACCACAGCAAGACAUGUAUGGGUCAGGGGAGAGACAGGAGGAUUGGAGUCGUGGAGGUGGCAGAGGCGGAGGGGAUGACUGGGGACGUGGAGGGAGCCGCACAGGUCGUUAUGGCCCAAGGGGAGGUCGGUACUGAGUCCUGGUGUCUUAUUUUGUCCCUGUAGUGUAAUUGACGGUAUGCUGCUCUAC